AUGGUUGGCUUAUAUACUUAUUUUUUUUAUCAAUCUGAAACUUCAGCCAAUUCUCCCAAGCCGGAAGUCUGCGAGACAACUGCAAAAUGCAGUGGAAAGGGAGGCUAUUGCGGCAGUGAGCACGACUGUAAAGAUGGAUACUUCGUCAAGAAAUACUGCAAAGGAGGAAGUGACUGUGGCUGUUGCAUCCCCAAUUCUCCCAAGCCGGAAGUCUGCGAGACAACAGCAAAAUGCAGUGGAAAGGGAGGCUAUUGCGGCAGUGAGCACGACUGUAAAGAUGGAUACUUCGUCAAGAAAUACUGCAAAGGAGGAAGUGACUGCGGGUGUUGCAUCCCCAAUUCUCCAAAGCCGGAAGUCUGCGAGACAACUGCAAAAUGCAGUGGAAAGGGAGGCUAUUGCGGCAGUGAGUACGACUGUAAAGAUGGACGCCACGUCAAGAAUUACUGCAAAGGAGGAGGAAGUGACUGUGGCUGUUGCAUCCCCGAACGAAAGCCUGCCAUCUGCGAAACGACCACAGCAUGCCAAGGAAAAGGUGGCGUUUGCUGUAGCAAGGCUAGCUGUAAACACGGGAAAUUCCUUCAUAAAUUCUGUGGAAAAGCUGAAAACUGUGGCUGUUGUAUCGAGGAGAAAUGCAAGGAGAGAAAGUCCUGUAAAAAAGCCAACGGUGCAUGCAAGCAGAAGUGUGGUAAAGGCGAGGUUGAGAUAAGCAAUGGAUGCAGAGGAGAAAAUUGCAAAUGUUGCGCUCCCGACACGUGCGAGAAGAGUAACAAGUGCACCAAAAAAGGAGGCUUCUGUUGUUCCAAGGAGGCGUGCAAAUACGGCAAAUACAUCGAACGUAUGUGUGGGAGUGGGAAUGACUGCGGUUGUUGCCUGGAAUACUAAUAUCCAUAUCGCAGUGCAGAAUCAUCUUCAGAUUUUGUGAGAGCAAGAACGUGUGAGUGAUGUUAGCCCAUAAAAUAGAAUGCGGAGGACUACGUCAUUGUUAAUGGAAUUCACCAUAUUCAUCAUUUAUUAUCGUGAUAAACAAGGAGCUUCCUUUCCUUCGUCUUACACUCAUCACAACAUUAUAGGGAUUAAUUUUUGUAUUGUUUCUCAUGAGGUAUGGAAAAUACUAGAACUAUCAGAGCAAAAAUAUCGCGAAGCUAGAAAAAAUUAAAUAAAAAGAAGCAAGUAAAAAACUCCGGGCUUAGAUCUUGAAAUGAAGAGAAUUAGAAUGAUUGAUAACACUGAGAACAAAUAAAGAAGUCUGUGGCAUUUACGUGUAUCAAGGGUGCGUCGAUGAUUAUUCUGAGCCGCAGAAGCACCACCCAGAAUUAUCGUUGUCAUCAGAUCAUGAAAUGCCUAGCACCAUUCAUUCUUCCAUUUUCUUGAAGGAUAAAUAUCAAAACCGACCUUUAUUAUGACUUGUUAUUAUUGUAUUGUGUUCGUAUGCUGUUAUUCUUUUAC